AUGUGUAGUGUUCACUAUAACCACAGCCUGGCGGCCAUGAGCGGCAGUGACAUCAUGGCUUAUUCCCUGAGCCUGGAGCAGAAGACGGCGUUUGCGUUUGUGGGGAUGCUGCUGGUGUUUCUGGGUCUGUUGAUCGUCAGGUGUUUUAGGAUCCUGCUGGACCCUUACAGCAGCAUGCCUUCAUCCAGCUGGGGUGACGGACUGGAGGGUUUGGAGAAAGGGACGUUUGAAUAUGCACUUACCUGA